CUGAACUCAACAAAUCCAAUUUCUUAUUGCCUAAUCAACUUGAAACUAUUGUCUCCUCAGACCGUCCUAAACAAACACUUCCAAUCACCUCAGAAUGUCUGCACCCAACCCCGUCGGCGGCCGCCAAUCCCCCGAGCCUGAGCGCCAGACCGGAGCUCAACAGCAGGAUCCCCCAGCGUCCAAGCCAAACCAGGCCGGCACCGAGACCAACGAGUCGUCCGCCGACCAGAGGGCCAACCUGAGCUCAAACCCAACUCAUCCUCUCGCAGAGCAUGCUGCCGAGACUACCAGCAAGAAAUGAGCGAUCCCCUCCAUAUGUUGCUCCAAUUGGCACCGAGUUGUGCUAUAGAAUGAAUGCUAGGGAAGGGACGAUUCAGAGGCCCUUGUUUUCUACUACCUCUUCUUCGAUUAUGAGAAUCAUGUUUUAGUAAAUGAAACACAGUAUAAUGAAUCAAUCAUGGCGAGGCCAUUCUGUCGUCGUAAAAUCAUAAGAUGAAUUUCACACCCUAUAUCAAUGCUAAC